AUGAGAAAGCCAGUCAAAUGUGAAGGACAUGUUGAACACUGGUUAAAUGUUCUACUACGUUUUAGUCAAGCAUCUCUGCAUGACUUGAUACGUAAAGCAUAUUAUGAAAUAAUUGAUCCUGGCGUUGAUUUAACCGAAUUCUUUGAUAAUCAACUAGCACAAAUUGGUAUAUUAGGUAUACAAAUUUUAUGGACAAGUGAUUCCACAGAUGCACUAAAUAUGGCUAGAGAUGAUCCGAAAAUUAUGUCAAAAACGAAUAAGCAUUUCUUGGAAAUUUUAAAUAAAUUAAUUCACGAGACAACACGUGAUCUUAGUCAAACAAUGCGAACAAAAUAUGAAACCUUGAUUACCAUUCAUGUACAUCAACGUGAUAUAUUCGACGAACUGUGUAAAUUGGGUAUACGUUCAUCUAUGGACUUUGAAUGGACAAAACAGACACGUACAUAUUUUAUGGAAAAUGUCGAUAAAUGUGUAAUAUCAAUUACUGAUGUGGAUUUUGUUUAUCAAAAUGAAUUCCUUGGUUGUACAGAACGCUUAGUAAUUACCCCAUUGACAGACCGAUGUUACAUAACAUUGGCUCAAGCAUUAAAUAUGAAUUUGGGUGGAGCACCUGCUGGUCCAGCUGGAACUGGAAAAACUGAAACUGUCAAGGAUAUGGGACGAUGUUUAGGCAAAUAUGUUGUAGUGUUCAACUGUUCAGAUCAAAUGGAUUUUCGUGGUCUAGGAAGAAUUUUCAAAGGCUUAGCUCAAUCAGGUUCAUGGGGAUGCUUUGAUGAAUUCAAUCGAAUUGAACUGCCUGUAUUAUCGGUUGCAGCACAACAAAUUGCUAUCAUUCUGUCAGCUAAACGUGAAGGCAAAACAUCAUUUAUCUUCUCUGAUGGUGACAAUGUCGACCUGAAUCCAGAAUUUGGACUUUUUCUAACAAUGAAUCCAGGUUAUGCUGGACGUCAAGAAUUACCGGAGAAUUUAAAGAUUAACUUCCGUUCUGUAUCAAUGAUGGUUCCUGAUAGACAAAUCAUUAUUCGAGUAAAAUUGGCUGCUUGUGGUUUCGUGCAAAAUAUAAUUCUAUCAAGAAAAUUUUAUGUACUUUAUAAACUGUGUGAAGAACAAUUAACGAAACAGGUCCACUAUGAUUUUGGUUUAAGAAAUAUUUUGUCAGUACUGCGUACACUUGGCGCCGCUAGACGUGCAAAUCCAGACGAUUCAGAGGACCGAUCUGUAAUGCGAUGUUUACGUGAUAUGAAUUUAAGUAAAUUAGUCGAUCGUGAUGAACCAUUGUUUAUGUCAUUGAUCGACGAUCUAUUCCCUGGCAUUAUAUUAGAUAAAAUCAGCUAUCCAGAGCUGCAAGCUGCGAUAAGAAAUCAAGUCACCCAAAUGAAUUGCAUUAAUCAUCCAGCAUGGAAUUUAAAAGUGAUUCAGCUGUUUGAAACGCAACGUGUACGCCAUGGUAUGAUGACAUUGGGUCCUUCCGGUGCCGGCAAAACAUGUUGUAUUAAUAGUUUAAUGCGUGCAAUGGGUGAGUGUGGUUCACCACAUCGUGAAAUGCGCAUGAAUCCUAAAGCGAUAACAGCACCAGAAAUGUUUGGCAAGUUGGAUGUUGCAACAAAUGAUUGGACCGAUGGGAUUUUUUCAACUCUGUGGAGAAGAACAUUGAAGACGAAGAAGAAUGAAAAUGUCUGGCUUGUUCUUGAUGGUCCUGUAGAUGCAAUAUGGAUAGAAAAUUUGAACUCUGUCUUAGAUGAUAACAAAACACUGACACUGGCCAAUGGUGAUAGAAUUCCAAUGGCUCCAAAUUGUAAAAUUAUAUUUGAAGUACAUAACAUUGAUAAUGCAUCACCGGCUACAGUUUCCAGGAAUGGGAUGGUGUUUAUGUCUAGUUCUGUGUUGGACUGGUCACCAAUAACAAGGGCGUGGUUAUUGAAGAGACCGGUAAGUGAAAGAGAAAAACUUUUCUCUCUAUUCGAGAAGUCCUUCCCACAAACUUAUCGUUAUGUGGUGCAAAGUUUAGUCAUGAAAAUGGAGUAUCAUGAAGCCUUUUUUGUUCAUCAGACAUGCUCUGUUCUAGAAGGACUGUUGCCAAGCGAUAUUCAAGGUAAUGACAAAAUGCUAAUGAACUGUUAUAUUUUCGCAAUUAUGUGGUCAUUUGGAGCCUUGCUAGAAUUGGACGAUCGAAGUAAACUGCAAACAUUCUGGCAGAAUGAAUUAGAAUUAGAAUUACCAAAACUGGAGGACAAAAGUGAUACAAUCUUUGAGUACAGAGUUGACAGUGAAGGUAAAUGGGUUCAUUGGUCAAACUAUAUCGAGAAUUACACCUAUCCAAAGGAUCAUACACCUGAAUUCGCCAGUAUCCUAGUACCGAAUGUUGACAAUGUACGAACAGAUUAUUUAAUUGAUAUCAUAGCUAAACAAGGCAAGGCGGUUCUGUUGAUUGGUGAAUCAGGUACAGCUAAAACAGUUAUGGUCAAUAAAUAUAUGAGUAAAUUCAAUCCUGAAACGCAUGCAUCAAAAUCAAUCAGUUUUUCAUCAGCGACAACACCAGCUUUAUUUCAACGUACAAUAGAAAGUUUUGUUGAAAAACGUGUUGGUACAACUUAUGGUCCACCUGCUGGCAAAAAGAUGACUGUAUUCAUUGAUGAUAUAAAUAUGCCAUUAAUUAAUGAAUGGGGUGAUCAAAUAGCCAAUGAAAUUGUUAGACAAACUAUGGAAAUGAAUGGUUUUUAUAGUUUAGAAAAACCUGGUGAUUUUACCAAUAUUGUUGAUGUACAGUUUAUUGCAGCGAUGAAUCAUCCAGGCGGUGGUCGUAAUGAUAUUCCUGAAAGAUUGAAACGUCAAUUUUGUACAUUCAAUUGUACACUACCGAGUAAUAAUUCAAUUGAUACAAUAUUUCGAGUGAUUGGUAUUGGACACUUUUGUAAAGAACGUGGAUUUCUACCAAAUAUCACAGAACUGAUUGAAAAAUUAGUCCCACUGACUCGUACUAUUUGGCAGCAUACAAAGAAUAAACUAUUGCCAACACCGUCGAAAUUUCAUUAUAUCUUUAAUUUAAGAGAUCUUAGUCGAAUAUGGCAAGGCAUGUUGUAUACAACAAGUGAGGUUUUCAACAAUGAAGAAAGGAUCGUUUCACUAUGGAAACAUGAAAUGUUACGCGUCUUAGCAGAUCGAUUCACCACUAGUGAAGACAACGCAUGGUUUGAAAAAUAUGUUGGAAUUUUAUCUGCAGACUCUUUGUCAGAAAGACAAUUUGCAUCUUUGGCUGAAGAAACUUAUUUUGUGGAUUUCAUGCGUGAUGCACCAGAACUCACCGGUGAUGAACCUGAAGAUAUGGACAUCAGUGCACCGAAAAUUUAUGAACCAAUACCCAGUAUUGAAGCAUUACGUGACAGACUCGGUUUUUUCAUGAGAACGAUGAAUGAAGUUGUCCGUGGAGCUAAUAUGGAUUUGGUAUUAUUCAAAGAUGCAACUACACACUUGGUUAAAAUUUCAAGAAUUAUACGAUCACCCAGAGGUAAUGCAUUACUUGUUGGUGUUGGUGGCUCCGGGAAACGCUCAUUAACUCGAUUAGCCUCAUUCAUAGCUGAGUAUUCGGUAUUUCAAAUCACACUGACCAGGGCAUACAAUGUGACAAACCUUUUAGAAGAUCUCAGAAGUCUCUAUCGUACAGCUGGAUUGAUGGGAAAAGGCGUAACAUUUAUAUUUACAGACUCUGAUGUGAAAGAUGAAGCCUUUUUGGAGUACAUAAAUAAUAUGCUUGCCUCGGGAAUGAUAUCAGGUUUAUUUCCACGUGAUGAAAUGGACGAAAUAUUAGGCUCAUUAAUCCCGAUCAUGAAGAAAGAAUUCCCAAAACGACCACCAGAAAAUGAAAUACUCCAUGAAUAUUUUAUGUCACGUAUACGUAAAAAUCUACACAUUGUCUUGUGUUUUUCUCCAAUUGGUGAAAAAUUCCGUCAACGAUCACUGUACUUCCCUGGAUUAAUAUCCGGUUGCACCAUAGACUGGUUCCAUCGAUGGCCUCAGGACGCUUUGUUAGCUGUUGCUGAAUACUUUCUCGCCAAUUACGACAUCUCGUGUUCACCAGCGGUGAAAAAAAGUUUAAUCGCUCUAGUCGCCGACGUUCACGAUGAUGUUGGUAUUAAGUGUAAGGCCUAUUUUGAACGUUAUCGUCGAACAGCAAAUGUGACACCGAAAUCCUAUAUUUCAUUUAUCGUCGGUUAUAUGAAAGUCUAUCGUGAACAGGUGGACAAUGUCACUGUACAAAUUAAUCGACUUGGUUCAGGUCUCCAGAAGCUAAUCGAAGCUCAAGAUUCUAUAGCGAAAUUAAGCGUAGAAUUAGCUAAUAAGGAGAAAGAGUUGGAAGUUGCUAAUCGGGAAGCUGAAAUUGUCCUGGCCAACGUAUUACAACAAACACAAGCUGCGGAAGCCGUUAAAAGUAAAGUGGAAACAGUCAAGGAUAAGUGUUUAGCUAUUGUCCAGAGUAUAGAAGUUGAAAGAGCUAUUGCUGAAGAGAAACUGGAAGCAGCAAGACCAGCUUUAGAAGAAGCUGAAGAAGCAUUGAACACUAUCAAACCGGGUGAUAUAUCUACAGUCAGAAAGUUGGCUAAACCACCGCAUCUCAUUAUGCGUAUCAUGGACUGUGUGCUGCUUUUAUUCAAGAGGAAAGUGGAUCCAGUGAAAAAGGAUCCAGAACGUGCCAAUUGUAUCAGACCAUCAUGGGGUGAAUCAUUGAAAUUGAUGGCUGCAUCGAACUUUUUAAAUAGUCUAUUAAAUUUUCCAAGAGAUUUAAUCAAUGAAGAGACUGUGGAUUUUAUUCAGCCUUAUCUAGAGCAAGAUGAUUAUAAUUUAGAAACAGCUAAAAAAGUUUGUGGGAAUGUCGCAGGCCUAUGUUCAUGGACACUGGCUAUGGAAAAGUUUUAUUGGAUUAAUAAAGAAGUUAUCCCAUUGAAGGAUAAUCUAGCUAAAAUGGAAAAUAAACUUGCCAAGGCGAAUAAAGAUUUAGCUAGAGUUGAAGGUGUUCUAGCUGAAAAAGUUGCCUUGUUGUGCGCUGUCCGUGAACAAUAUGAAGAGGCAAUGAAACGUAAACAACAGCUGGCUGAUGAUGCUGAAACGUGUAGACGUCGUAUGGCUACAGCGACAACCCUGAUCGAUGGUUUAUCCGGUGAAAAAGUUCGUUGGACUGAAGAAACUCGGACAUUAAGUGAACAAGUGAAUAAACUUAUCGGGGAUUCAUUAGUCGGUACAGCAUUUUUAUCCUAUAGUGGACCAUUUAAUCAAGAUUUUCGUAAUAGACUAUCGACUCAUUGGUUUCGAGAGCUUGCAGCACGACAAAUACCAUUUACAAUUAAUUUGGAUGUUAUCAGUAUGCUAACAGAAGGACCAGUUGUCAGUGAAUGGAAUCUAGAAGGCUUACCCAGUGAUGAUCUGUCCAUACAAAAUGCCAUCAUAGUCACAUCUGCCUCGAGAUACCCACUACUGGUUGAUCCACAAUCACAAGGCAAAAAUUGGAUUAAACGGCAUGAAGCAGCGAAUAAUCUUAUGAUCACCAAACUGAAUCACAAAUACUUUCGUACACAUUUGGAAGAUGCUCUAUCACAAGGAAGACCAUUAUUGAUUGAAGAUGUUGGCGAAGAUUUAGAUCCAUCCUUAGACGAAGUUUUAGAAAAAAACUUUCUCAAAUCUGGUACUGGAUUGAAAGUUAAAGUUGGUGAUAAAGAAGUUGACCUACUCAAGGGAUUUACAUUGUACAUUACUACAAAACUGCCAAAUCCACAAUAUCCACCGGAGAUAUCGGCGCGUACUUCAAUUAUCGACUUUACUGUAACAUCACAGGGUUUAGAAGACCAACUGUUGGCACGUGUUAUUCAGACGGAAAAAGAGGAAUUGGAAGCUCAAAGAGUUCAGUUAAUCGAAAAUACUACUGCCAAUCGUAGAAGAAUUUUAGAACUUGAAAAUAGUCUACUUCAACGAUUAGCCAAUACAGAAGGUUCUUUAGUUGAUGAUCAAGGCCUUGUCGAUGUAUUACAGGUUACUAAGACAACAUCACUUGAAGUUGCUCAACAAAUCGCUUUAGCCCAAGACACGGAAGCUGAAAUCACAUCGGCUAGAGAAGAAUUCCGUCCCGUGGCUGCACGUGGUUCUUUGCUAUACUUCUUACUUAGUGAAUUGGCUGGUGUCAAUCCAAUGUAUCAAACUGGUUUGCCAAGAUUUCUAAAACUUUUUGACAAAUCUAUGGCUUACUCUGAACCGUGUCCUGUGACAUCAAGACGUGUGGCUAAUAUUAUCAAUUAUAUGACACGUUCAGUCUGGGCAUUUUCUGUACGUGGCAUGUUUAAAAUGGAUCGGCAAAUGACCACUCUUAUGCUCGCUCUACGCAUUGAUUUACAAAGAAAAAAUAUUCGGCAAGAAGAGUUUAUGACAUUUAUUCAGGGUGGUUCAGCACUCGAUCUCAAAUUGGCGCCACCGAAACCAGGCAGAUGGAUAACCGAUAUGACAUGGCUAAAUUUAGUCGCAUUAUCUAAGCUAAACGAGUUCACCAAUAUCAUUUCACAAGUAACCGGUUCUGAAAGACAAUGGCGUCAAUGGUUUGAUAAAGAAGCGCCGGAAGAAGAAGUGAUCCCGUGUGGUUAUGACAAUACAUUGGAUGUUUUUCGUCGUUUGUUGUUAAUUCGUUCAUGGUGUCCUGAUCGUGCAUUACAACAAGCUCGGAAGUAUAUUAUGCAUAAUUUGGGACCAGCGUUUUGUGAAGAAGUUGUCACCAAUUUAGAUGUCAUUCAUAGCGAAUCUGACUGCCGAACACCUUUGGUCGGCUUACUUAGCAUGGGUGCUGAUCCCACUCCACUCAUUGAACAAGCUGCACGACGUGCAAAGAUUGAAAUUAAUGCAGUUUCCAUGGGUCAAGGUCAAGAAAUACAUGCCAGAAGAUUAAUAAAACAGGCUAUGGCAGAAGGAAGUUGGGUUCUCUUGCAAAAUUGCCAUCUAUGUUUGAAUUAUAUUGACGAGCUGUUCCUUCUUCUGUCUGGUGAAGGCUCAGGAGCCAUUAGUAGUGCCGGCGGCGGUGGUGGAAGCGGUGGAGGGCCAAGUGGUCAAACUGCAGCUACUACUGCUGGUGGAGAAACAGCUGCUGAGGGUGCUGGUGCAACAACAACAACUGGAGGAACUGGAGGCACUGGAGCCGUAGGUGGAGAAGCUCCAGGAACUAAUACAUCUGGAAUGUUCCAUGAUAGGUUUCGUCUUUGGGUAACCACAGAAGAACAUAAAAGAUUUUCCAUAAACUUUCUUCAAGCAGCUAUAAAGUUUACAAAUGAACCACCCGAAGGUAUAAAAGCAAAUCUAUGGCGAACUUACGCGGAUGUUACUCAAGAUUUCUUAGACACAUGUGUAACAUUCCAUUGGAAAGUAAUGCUAUAUGCCCUGGCUUAUCUGCAUUGUACAGCACAAGAAAGACGAAAAUUUGGUCCACUGGGUUGGAGUAUUCCUUAUGAAUUUAAUCAGUCUGAUUUUAAUGCAAGUGUUCAAUUUAUACAGAAUCAUUUGGAUAGUAUAGAGUUCAAAAAAGCACAAAAAAUAAGUGGAAUUGACUGGAAGUGUGUUCGUUAUAUGAUUGGUGAAAUCCAGUAUGGUGGUCGGGUAACAGAUGACUUUGAUCUACGUCUACUGAUCACACUGACACGCACUUAUUUCCAAGAACGUAUGUUCUCUCCAGAAUUUGAAUUAAUGGCGAAUUAUCCUAUCCCGAGAUUCGCAACACCCAGUGAAUACCUCUAUUAUGUAACCAAUGAUCUGCCACAAAGAGACAGUCCAGAAGCUCUAGGUCUACAUCCAAAUGCUGAAAUUACUUAUUCCUCACAGACAACAAGUUAUAUACUCUCGACGAUUUUAUCUAUUCAACCGAAAGAAACCUCGAGUGAUUCCAGUGAUAUUUCAGACAUUGGUAAAUCAGCUGCAGUAGUUGUAGAAACACGUGAGGCAGUUGUUCAUCGAUUGUGUACAGAUAUGUUGACAAAAUUACCACCACCAUAUGUGAAAUUUCGUGUCGCUGAACAAAUUGAAGCAUUGGGGCCAUUGAAACCAAUGACAAUAUUUUUAAGACAAGAAGUUGAUCGAAUUAAUAAAGUGAUUCUGCUGGUUGGUAAUAUAUUAACUGAUUUGAAAUUAGCUAUUGAUGGAACUGUUGUGAUGAAUGAUACAUUGAAAGAUGCAUUAGAUUGUAUAUAUGAUGCACGUGUACCGAAUGUAUGGACUAGGAGUUCUUGGGAUUCAUCAACUUUAGGUUUUUGGUUCACAGAAUUAGUUGAACGGAAUACACAAUUCAGUAAUUGGCUAGAAAAUGGGCGACCUGUUUGUUUCUGGAUGACAGGAUUCUUUAAUCCUCAGGGAUUCUUAACCGCUAUGCGUCAAGAGAUCAGUCGUAUGCAUGAAGGUUGGUCAUUGGACAGUGUUGUGUUAGCGAGUAAAAUGACACGAUCGAAUGCAGAAGACUUGAAAGAACCACCUCCGGAAGGCGGUGUCUAUGUUUACGGUCUGUACUUGGAAGGUGCAGCUUGGGAUAGGCGGACAUCACGUCUGGUUGAGGCGAAAUCGAAAAUUCUCUACGAUGCAAUGUCUGUUAUUAAUAUUUUCGCUGUACAAGAGACGAUAGCACCGAAACGUCAAGGUGGAGGUGGUGGUGGCGGCGGCGGUGGUGGUGGUGGUGCUGCGGGUGCUGGGGGUGGUGAAGCCAAGGGUGAUAUGCCGAAGCAAGUUUAUUCAUGCCCUAUUUACCGUAAACCACGGCGUACUGAUUUAACGUAUGUAGCCAGUGUGGAUUUAGGCUGUACAAAGACAUCAGAUCAUUGGGUUCUUCGAGGUGUUGCAAUACUAUGCGAUAUUAAGUAA